UCUGUGUAUCUUGUGCUCAGUUGUAGCUACGGCAAUUCUAGUGGCAUAAGCUUUUAAUGGAUCUGUUCAUCCUGUAUUUAGUUUUAUAUUAGCUUGAUUCUCCAAUUGUAACGGAUAUGAAGUGCUGCAGAAGACGUGAAAAGUGUGAUGAGGCAGCUGAAGAUAACAUCGAAUCAGAGAAUGACCUUUUGUAUUCGGUGGACGAAACACCACCAUGGCAUUUAUGUAUGCUAUUGAGUCUCCAGCAAUACCUUAUGACGAUAAGUGGUGUUAUAAUGCUUCCACUAUUGGUGAUGAACGUCAUCUGCUUCGACGACAGUCCAGCAGCGAACCUUGCGCGAACAAAAGUUCUGGGCACAGUUUUAGUUGUUUGCGGAAUAUCUACGCUAUUACAAACAACUCUUGGAUUGAGACUUCCAACAUUUCAAGGUAUUACAAUCGCGUACUUCAUCCCAACCGUGAUAAUCAUGGGAACUGAUAAAUGGAAGUGUCCGGCACCUAUUAACUUUAACUUAUCUUCUUUGCCUGCUAAUUUGUCAGUAUUUUCAGUGGAUACUAACUCAUCUUCGAGUCAGCAUCUCACAGAUCAUUCUUCUAACAUGACGUUAGAAAUCGACACGAAUUAUUAUCAUUAUUAUAUUGAUAACGAUGGUGAAUUUGUAGACAGCAACGAACUGUGGGCGAAACGUAUACGAGAGGUUCAAGGGGCAAUCAUAAUAAGUUCUCUUAUACAAAUAUUCAUCGGGUUCAGUGGAUUUAUUGGAUUCGUCAUGCAAUAUAUUGGACCUCUCACCAUCACACCCAUCUUGGUAUUAGUGACGAUAUCACUCAAGGAGAUCACUGCCGCUCAAGCCAGAACACAAUGGGGAAUUGCUCUUCUAUUCGUGGCAAUUUUUAUUCUCUGCAACAUUAUUUUAAAGAAAAUCACUAUUCCAUUUCCAUUGAUGCAUCCACACAAAAAAACUUUAACAACAAUGAAAAUACCCAUUUUUGAAAUGUUUCCGAUUCUGAUUGCAGUAGUGACAACAUGGUUACUUUGUUACAUUAUUACUGUUGCUGGUGGAUUUCCAGAUGAUCCUACAGUCCCAGCUUACCAAGCAAGAACUGACACAAAACCUGGAGUAGUUUCAAAUAGUCCAUGGUUCCGGCUACCAUAUCCUUUCCAAUGGGGUACUCCAACAUUCAGUGUGAUUGCCGUAUUUGGAAUGUUUUCGGCGAUUUUUCCAGGAAUAUUUGAGUCACUUGGAGUAUAUAUGACAUGUAGUGAAAUGUGUCGCCAGCCUCCCCCACCGAAACAUGCAAUUAACCGGGCAGUUUUAAUGGAAGGAUUUGGUAUGUUUUUCGCUGGACUUUUUGGAAACGGAAAUUCCACAACAUCUUUUAUGGACAGCGCAAUUGCAGUUGGAAUUUCAAGAGUUGCUAGCAGAAGAGUACUGCAAGGAACUGGGUGCAUAUUGAUAUUCACUGGUCUGUUCACGAAAUUUUGCAGUUUGUUUGUUUCUUUACCAAGUCCAGUGAUCGGCGGUGUUCUACUUUCUGUUCUGGGCAUGAUAGCAUCAGUUUCUAUAGCUAUGUUGAGAACAGUAGAUUUGAAAAGUAUAAGGAAUUUGUUUGUAUUGGGUUUCAGCAUAUUCUUUGGACUGGUCGUUUCGGUUUACGCCGCUGAUGGAAUUGAGGAUAUUGACGUCGGCGUUCCAGAAAUAAAUAAUGUGAUCGCGAUUUUCCUUCAAAUACCGAUGUUUAUUGGGGGCGCUGUGGCGCUAGCUUUGGAUAACCUGUUGCCAGGCUCUAGAGAAUCACGAGGGUUAUUUCAUGACCAAAUAUCUUCAGAAACUAAAGAAAUGGAGGCUUAUGAUCCUCCAUGUUGUGUUGGUGUAAAAGGUUUGAGAUUGCUGCCGUUAUGUCCUGAUUUUGUUGAACCGACGGUGGAAGAAUAUGGACUAGAAGAGGAAGCUCAAAAUUUUGUGACACCUACUUAGGAUAAAACAAUAUCAUCAAUUCAUUAAUUAGGAUGAAGGAAAUAGAUCAGGCGCCUACAAGGAUCAUCAGAAUAGGAAUAAAGAUUGCUUGCGCUUUAGAACUUUUCAUUCAAUUGUUUUGGUUUUCUUUUCUGAAAAUCUAGAUUGUAUCACCAGCCAUGAUGGUUUCCAAUUCAAAAAUAUAUAUCAAAUAUAUAUAUCUAUAAACAGAAA